AAAGCCCACAUUCCCUCUCCGGGUCCAAACCGAUACAAACCCUAGCUGCAACAGACAUUUAUACAUAUAGUGUAGUGUUUCGUCAAUUUCUUCCUUUCUCUUCACAGAAACACAGACAGAGCACUCCGCAGAGGAAAAUGCCGGCCGGCCAUGGAUUAAGGUCUCGGACGAGGGAUUCAUUCUCUCGCGCCUUCAGAAAGAAGGGAGUAAUCCCUCUUUCCACCUAUCUCAGGAUCUUCAAAGUCGGUGACUAUGUUGAUGUCAAAGUGAACGGCGCCGUUCACAAGGGCAUGCCCCACAAGUUCUACCAUGGCCGUACUGGACGCGUCUGGAACGUCACCAAGCGCGCUGUUGGUGUCGAAGUCAACAAACAGGUUCGUAACAAAGUCCUCCGGAAGAGGAUCCAUGUGAGGAUUGAGCAUGUUCAGCUUUCCCGGUGCACCGAAGAAGUCAAGGAAAGAAUCAAGAAGAACGAUCAGCUAAAGGCCGAGGCUAAGGCGAGGGGUGAGGUCAUCAGCACAAAGAGGCAACCUCAAGGACCCAAACCAGGGUUCAUGGUUGAAGGUGCUACUUUGGAAACUGUUACUCCCAUACCAUAUGACGUGGUCAACGAUUUGAAGGGAGGCUAUUGAUUUUACUUUGUUUCUGAGCUUGUUUUUUUCUCCCUAUGUGCUGUUAUGAAGUUGAGACUACUAGUUCUUCUCGGCAUCAGUUGCAAAUUUGCAUUUUAGUUCCAAAUUUUGUUUACAAUGUUAGUAGUUAUGGUGGUGAAGAAUAUCUAUUUACUGCCUAAUUUUUUAAGUUGAGUUUGCCAAUA